GUUUUUAUGGCACAUUUUUGCUCAAAUGCAACAAAAACAAACUCCUGGGUGAUGGAAGUGAUUUCUGAUUGAUUCGUUACCAGAAGAUCAAUCUUCCAAAUCAUAGUGUAAAAUAUUCAAGCAGUUUAGGGUUAAUAUGAUGUUUAUAAUUAUAUCCACCAUAAUUACUGUUCCACACGUGACAAUAACCUGUCAGUAAGUGAAGAUACUGAGCAGGUGACAGAAUAAAGUGUAACACCGGCUGCGGGUCACUGUGACGUCACACCUCUCCCUUCCCGCCUAUUUCCUGCCUACAUUUACUUUCUCUUUCUCUGACAUGAUGGCGCAGAUUCUUUCCUCCAUCUAAAGGUGAAGGCAGAAAGUGUGUGUGACUGAUGUGGAUGUGACUUCAGCAGCAUGGAUCAGUGUGAGGACAGAGAGGAGGGAGUCCCUCCCUCUAAAAGCUCUCUGUGUGGGGAACAUGACAGCCAGUUUCUCCACAGAGUUCAGCAGCAGACCUCAGAGGUUCCCAGUGAUCAGUCUGCACAGCAGCAUCAAACACAACUGGACUCCAUAUUUAUGCUGCUGGAGGAGAACAUCGUCACUUUUGUGAAGAACGAACUGAAGAAAAUCCAGAGGGGUCUGAGUCCAGAUUACCCAGAAUGCUUUGAGAGUCAGAGUGAGGAUGAGGAGGUGUUGGACGGUGAGGAGGAAGAGCAGAGGAGGAGCAGCAGAGAAGCAUUUCUGAAGAUCACACUGCACUUCCUGAGGAGAAUGAAGCAGGAGGAGCUGGCUGACCGUCUGCAGAGCAGAACUCGUGCUGCAGAGUGUCGACAUAAACUCAAGUCUAACCUGCAGAAGAAGUUCCAGUGUGUGUUUGAGGGGAUUGCUAAAGCAGGAAACCCAACCCUUCUGAAUCAGAUCUACACAGAGCUCUACAUCACAGAGGGAGGGACUGCAGAGGUCAAUGAUGAACAUGAGGUCAGACAGAUUGAAACAGCAUCCAGGAAACCAGACACACCAGAAACAACAGUCAGACAAGAAGACAUCUUUAAAGCCUCACCUGGAAGAGAUGAACCAAUCAGAACAGUGAUGACAAAGGGAGUGGCUGGCAUUGGGAAAACAAUCUUAUCACAGAAGUUCACUCUGGACUGGGCUGAAGACAAAGCCAACCAGGACAUACAGUUCACAUUUCCAUUCACUUUCAGAGAGCUGAAUGUGCUGAAAGAGAAAAACUACAGCUUGGUGGAACUUGUUCACCACUUCUUUACUGAAACCAAAGAAGCAGGAAUCUGCAGGUUUGAAGAGUUCCAGGUUGUGUUCAUCUUUGACGGUCUGGAUGAGUGUCGACUUCCUCUGGACUUCCACAACAAUGAGAUCCUGACUGAUGUUACAGAGUCCACCUCAGUGGAUGUGCUGCUGACAAACCUCAUCAAGGGGAAACUGCUUCCCUCUGCUCGCCUCUGGAUAACCACAAGACCUGCAGCAGCCAGUCAGAUCCCUCCUGAGUGUGUCGGCAUGGUAACAGAGGUCAGAGGGUUCACUAACCCACAGAAGGAGGAGUACUUCAGGAAGAGAUUCAGAGAUGAGGUGCAGGCUAGCACCAUCAUCUCCCACAUCAAGACAUCACGAAGCCUCCACAUCAUGUGCCACAUCCCAGUCUUCUGCUGGAUCACUGCUACAGUCCUGGAGCAUGUGUUGAAAAGCAGAGAGGGAGGAGAGCUGCCCAAGACCCUGACUGAGAUGUACAUCCACUUCCUGGUGGUUCAGUCCAAACUGAAGAAAGUCAAGUAUGAUGGAGGAGCUGAGACAGAUCCACACUGGAGUCCAGAGAGCAGGAAGAUAAUUGAGUCUCUGGGAAAACUGGCUUUUGAGCAGCUGCAGAAAGGCAACCUGAUCUUCUAUGAAUCAGACCUGACAGAGUGUGGCAUCGAUAUCAGAGAAGCCUCAGUGUACUCAGGAGUGUUCACACAGAUCUUUAAAGAGGAGAGUGGGCUGUACCAGGACAAGGUGUUCUGCUUUGUCCAUCUGAGCGUUCAGGAGUUUCUGGCUGCUCUUCAUGUCCAUCGGACAUUCAUCAACUCUGGAGUCAAUCUGCUGGCAGAAGAACAAACAACAUCCUGGUGGCCUAAAGGGUUUGGAGGCAAAUCAACACAUUUCUACCAGAGUGCUGUGGACGAGGCCUUAAAGAGUCAGAAUGGACACCUGGACUUGUUCCUCCGCUUCCUCCUGGGUCUUUCACUGCAGACCAAUCAGACUCUCCUACAAGGUCUGCUGAAAAAGACAGGAAGUAGGUCACAGACCAAUCAGGAAACAGUCAGGUACAUCAAGAAGAAGCUCAGUGAGAAUCUGUCUGCAGAGAGAAGCAUCAAUCUGCUCCACUGUCUGAAUGAACUGAAUGAUCGUUCUCUAGUGGAGGAGAUCCAACAGUACCUGAGAUCAGGAAGUCUCUCCACAGAUAAACUGUCUCCUGCUCAGUGGUCAGCUCUGGUCUUCAUCUUACUGUCAUCAGAAAAAGAUCUGGAUGUGUUUGACCUGAAGAAAUACUCUGCUUCAGAGGAGGCUCUUCUGAGGCUGCUGCCAGUGAUCAAAGCCUCCAACAAAGCUCUGCUGAGUGGCUGUAACCUCUCAGAGAGAAGCUGUGCAGCUCUGUCCUCAGUUCUCAGCUCCCAGUCCUGUAGUCUGAGAGAGCUUGACCUCAGCAACAACAACCUGCAGGAUUCAGGACUGAAGCAGCUGUCUGCUGGACUGGAGAGUCCACACCGUACACUGGAAAAUCUCAGGCUGAGUGGCUGUAACCUCUCAGAGAGAAGCUGUGCAGUUCUGUCCUCAGUUCUCAGCUCCCAGUCCUCUAGUCUGAGAGAGCUUGACAUCAGUAACAACAACCUGCAGGAUUCAGGACUGAAGCAGCUGUCUGCUGGACUGGAGAGUCCACACUGUACACUGGAAAAUCUCAGGCUGUCAGGAUGUCUGAUCACAGAGGAAGGCUGUGCUUCUCUGGCCUCAGCUCUGAGCUCCAACCCCUCCCAUCUGAGAGAGCUGGACAUGAGCUACAAUCAUCCAGGAGCCUCAGGAGAGAAGCUGCUGUCUGCUGGACUGAAGGAUCCACACUGGAGACUGGAGACUCUCAGGCUGCAGCCUGCUGGAGUCCGAUGGUUGACACCAGGUCUGAGGAAGUAUUUCUGUCAACUCACACUGGAUCCAAACACAGCAAACACAUUCCUCAAACUGUCUGACAACAACAGGGAGGUGACACAUGUGGAGGAGGUUCAGUCAUAUCCUGAUCAUCCAGACAGAUUUGAUGUCUGGCGUCAGCUGCUGUGUAGAAAUGAUCUGACUGGUCGCUGUUACUGGGAGGUCGAGUGGAGAGGAAAAGACGUUGAAAUAUCAGUGAGUUACAGAGGAAUCAGCAGGGAAGGAAACAGUGAUGACUGUUUGUUUGGAGGGAAUGAUCAGUCCUGGAGUCUGACCUGCUCUGCUGAUGGUUACUCUGUCUGGCACAAUAAGACAGAAACAUCCUCCUCCUCCUCCUCCUCCUCCUCCUCCUCCUCUGUCUCUAACAGAGUAGGAGUGUAUGUGGACUGUCCUGCUGGCACUCUGUCCUUCUACAGAGUCUCCUCUGACACACUGAUCCACCUCCACACCUUCAACACCACAUUCACUCAGCCUCUGUAUGCUGGGUUUUGGCUCUGGUCUGGUUCAGUGUCUCUAUGUUCUCUGUAGGAGGAAGAGUCUCCUCCUGUUAGAGAAACUUUCUCAUGUUAUUUAGUACCAACCUGAUCUCUCACUGCUUGUAAAUGCAGUUUCUAAACCAACAUGGUUUCCACAUGACUGACAGUUUGUUUGACAUUUAAAAAGUGUAAAAAAGAAGCUGAUGUUCUCAGAGCAGAUAGCUCAGUCUGUUAGAGGACUGUUUGGAGGUUCGGAGGUCGUGGCUUUGAUCCUUAUGAGUCUCAGUGAAACUCAGAAGCUCUCAGAGAGAAAACCACCAGCGGCUGAAAGUUUACUGAAACGUCAAGUUGUGACCAAGGUAUUUAAAAAUGUUGGAAGAGUUUUGCCCACUAACUAUAACUCACAUAAUGACAGUAAGUAUCCGCUGGCCUAUAGAGGCUCUUUGUUGUUUUUACUCUUAUUUGUUGUUCAAUUAGUUGUUUUUUUAAUCAUAUAGUCAAUUCAGAAAGCGACAUGUUUUUAUGUGUCUCUACUGGAUGUGCAUGUAGAGCUGUAAAUAAACAUUAUGAUUCAGAGAUUCAUCAAUUCAUGGUUUUGUCUAUAAAAUGUCAGGAAAUUGUGUAAAUUGUGUAAAAUGCUGGUUGUAAUUUCACAGAGUCAAAGGCCACGUCUUUAAAUGUCUCAUUUUGACUGAACUAAAGUCCAGAACAGUCAAAUAUUCUGUUUAUUAUCAUGUAAGACAAAGAAAAGCAUUCAAUCUUCACACCUGAGAAGCUAAAAGCAGAAAAUGUUUGCUUCAAAAUGACUCAAAUGAUGAUUAAGUGUUAAUUUAGUGUUGAUGGAUAAUCAAUGAAUGGACUAAUUGUUGCAGCUCUGGCUGUAUGUGAACAGAAUAUUAGAGGACAAACAGCUGACAGUUUAGCGCCUUACUAAAUAUCCACAAUAAAAAGCUCAUUUACAGGAUCAUCAAUCUGUUUACAAUCUGUUUGAAAUGUUUCUUAUUUCCUGUUUUUGUGUUGUACCAAGUAAAGUUGAUCAUUUGUAUGUUUAUGUUACUCAGGCAGAAAUAAAUGGAACUGCAGUAUCACCUGUUAUGUCCAAUAAAAAAGGAUCAUAAAUAAUAAUA